UGUUUAGCAUGAACUAUUGUUUAUCACAAAUAAAUCAUUCUGACCACAGGAAAACAAAGACAUGAAUUAUCAACCGAUAACUCUAAUAGAUUAAACUCUGCCCCCCUCCUAAACUGCUACACACAUGUGCAGACCUUUGCAAACAAAUAAGCAUGGAUGUUACAAGAUGGAGUAAAAGGUACUAGGGAAAUACAGUUCAAUAGCACCAAUCCCUUUGUUUCUCCCAAGUUCCUGCUGAGCGCCAAUCUUCUUAUUUCCAGAUUCUUACAAUUCUUUGCUGAAGCAGAGCAAUUGACAUAUUAAUUAUUUUUCAUUCACUAGUUAGAUGCAACAGAUUAUAGCAACUGAUGGAAGAGAUUAGCAAUAUUUCCAUUUUUGGUUACUUUGCAUCUUAGAUGGAGGCUUUUGCCUCUAAUGUUCACGUACAAUCUGUCUGCCUGCCCAGGAACUAAUCGGAGAGUUGUUGUCAUGCUGAUGACUGUGGCCUGUAUAGUUGGUCCUGCUUUCACAAGCCAAACAGCAGUUUGUCUCUGGGUAAAGCUUGCUCUGCAGACUCCCACAGUGCCAGGGUUUCUUAGACAUCUUCCCCUACUGCUUGAACAAAACAACAAUUUAAACACAACUCCCAAUGAGUUCCAGUAACUUGUUUUUAAAAGUGUAGCAACUCCUUCCACAGUCUUCGAUGUAAAGCAACCCAUUUUCACAUUUUGAUCCACAAUCCAAAAUUUAAAAGUUUUUUAAAAAAAUGUGGUACUGAAGCAGCCUGUGUUAAAGGCACUAAGAUGUGGGCAGCAUUCAAGCUUGGGCUCAUAUGUGGUAUGUAACAUGUGUGCUACACAGGGCAAUCUCCAGCAAGGAAAGGAUCUGACAAUUGUUCCUUGGCAACUCCAUGGCUGAAACGCCUGUUAUCAACAUGAGGAUUGUCAUUGAGCAGAAACUAAACUGCACCAGUCAUAUAAAACUGGCCUUUUUUAGGAAGAGGGCUCCAGAAUUUCCACUCCCCUUUGUAUGAAGAACUGCUUUCUCAUAUCACCCUCAAUGGUCUGGCCUUAACUUUAAGAUACUGUCUCUUUGUUAUUGAUCCCACCACCCCAACCCAGGGAGGUAACUAUUGCUUUGUUUUUACUCUGUCAAAUCUUAUCCCUAGAGACUGUCCACAUUGAGCAGUGAGCAAACAUGUUCAAACUAAACUCGGCUCCAGUCACAUUUCAAAAUAAAUUGAUGCUUCGAUCUGCCACAUUGAGUUCAUAAUGUCAGUUUGACAAGGCGGUAUUCCAGGGGUAACUGAGCCACUUACUCCUCGGGAUCUUGUUUCAACGCUGCAUGCUGGCUCAAUGUAAAUCUGGUGUAAUGAACUGCAACUGAAAACCUGAUUUGAGCUGCAUCAUAAAAUAUAAAAAGAGUGAAGAUUAAUUCCUUUUAUCUCUGAUUGCUUGGCCUGAACAGCUUUCCUGGAAAUUAACUAUGCUGUACUGUCAGUGUAGUGGUGCUUUGUGUUUGACAGGCUUCUCUGUCCUUUUUGUGUCUAACAGGUUUUGUGAGUGAUUCGUUUUUCUUCACACGUGAUGUUAGACAGCAAGCAUCUCAGCUGAACCUGGAAGCACAUAUGAAGGCAGACACACGCACACUAACCCUCGCAUUCACUAAGUUCCUGUGAUCCUGAAAUGGUUGACACUAGAAACGCGGCACCCUGGUCACUGUCAAAGGCUGUAGGAAGCUGUCUGGACGAACUUCUCUCUAUGAUGUCCUUCAGCCGGGUCUACUGUCACUAUGGAGACACUGCAAGGAUGCCAAGAGGUUCUGGAUUGUGGCCUCUCCAGUAGAGUUUUGAGACACCAUUCAGGAGCUAUUUCACAUCCUUCUGAUCCCACCUCCUUUUCUCUGUGGAAGUGAAAGAAUGAGGCAGUCUGCUGGCAACAGGAACUGGACACUUUUAAAGGUUUUUUCUGACCUAGGAAAGUUGUUCAAGACCGCUCACUCUCAGCCGUUUUUGCCACCGAAGGUGAAGUUGGUCGAGAAUGAAUGAUCAGAUCAAACUGGCAUCCUGUGGUGCCUGGAAUGUGUCCUCCAGCACUGGCACAGCUGCUGGACAGCCCCGAAGUCUCGAGACUGAGAGGCGCCAAUUGCAAGAACAGGAGGAGCCCGGGCCCUUUCUCAGCGACACUUGGAAAUGCCCCCCUGAGGAACUGGGCCACGGUGUCCAAGGGCUGGAAAUGUCGAUAGUACCACGACCCCCUGUGAGGCCCAAGCCAUGCCGGCACAGUAAGCAACGGCACCUGCGCUCAGUGGAAGGGAGAGCUGCUGGCCGCAUACUGAGGAGCAGGAGCAGUGAGGAGAGCUCCUCAGAGCCUGUUGACACAGACUCCUCCUGUGGGUCCCUGUACGGUGCUGAUCUCUCAGGCUCCCCCAUGCAGUGUCUCCAGGGCAAGUCAGUGGUAACUCCUCAGAGGCCCCUGCCCAGUAGCAGCAGCAGUAGUAGUAGUAGUUUGCGGGAGUGCGACACCAGUGAGUCAGCCGGGAGUACAACAGAAUAUCAUAAUGGACCAGUCCACACAGACUCCCAGGCCAGGAGUAAUCACCCUGAUAUUAAAACAGUAUCCUCAGCCAAUCGGAAGCUGCCUCCUGUGGCACCCACCAAACCCCUCCCUCCAAUGGUCAUUAACCUGGACUCACCAGUACUAAGGACCAGUAAUCGGAUUGACCAGGAUUAUGUGGAUUACAUGCAUGUGACUCAGUCAGUAUCGAGCCAGCACAGCAAUCUCCCCAACCUGAACGAAGGAACUGAGGAUAACGGAUCCUCAUUCUUCAUGAAUUCUCCCAGCAGUGUCUUGUUUCCUGUCCGUUCAGAGGAUCUUCGGAAAAGGAGUUAUCUGGAGGGCAGUCUCCUGGCCAGUGGAGCUCUGCUGGGAGCCAGUGAAUUGGAUCGUUAUUUCCCUGACCGAAGAGUGCGAGUGUUUAUCACCACCUGGAAUAUGCAAGGCGAGAAGCCCCCUGACAAACUAGAUGACCUUCUCCUGCCCUAUGACUCUCAAUACAUCCAGGACUUGUAUGUCAUCGGUACUCAGGAAGGAAUCCCAGACAGGAGAGAGUGGGAGAUCUGUCUGCAGGAGACCCUGGGGCCUCACUUUGUGCUGCUAUACUCUGCAAUGCAUGGAGUCCUCCAUCUCUCUCUGUUCAUCAGGAGAGACCUCAUCUGGUUUUGCUCAGAAGUAGAACAGGCAACAGUGACAACUCGUAUUGUCUCCCAGAUCAAGACAAAAGGAGCCGUAGCAAUCUCAUUCACAUUUUUUGGGACGUCCUUCCUCUUUAUUACUUCUCACUUCACCUCUGGACAAGGGAAGGUUUAUGAGAGGAUGCUGGACUACAAUAAAACAAUAGAAGCCCUGGAACUUCCACGGGUUGUGCCUGACACCAACAUCUACAAAUCUGACCCCUAUGAUGUGACAACCCGAUUUGAUCAGGUUUUCUGGUUUGGUGACUUUAACUUCCGCCUGGAUGUGAAGCGAGCAGUGAUCGAUGAGCUUCUACACAACAAGAACAAGGACAGUCUCCGCUCCAUUCUGCAUUAUGAUGAGCUAACCAAAAAGCUACAGGAGGGCUCGAUUUUUAAAGGGUUCAAAGAAGCUGAAAUAAGUUUUCUUCCAACCUACAAGUUUGACAUUGGAUGUGAUGUUUAUGACAGUAGUGCCAAACAGAGGACUCCUUCCUACACGGACCGCAUUAUAUACAAGAGCCGGCAGAAAGGGGACAUAUUCGUACUUAAAUAUGGGAGCUGCACUUCAAUCAAAACCUCAGAUCACAGGCCUGUCUAUGCCUACUUUCAAGUGAGGUUGCGACCUGGAAGAGAUAACAUCCCACUGUGUGCCGGUCAGUUUUACAGAGAUAUCUACAAAGAGGGAAUAAAAAGACGAUUUAUGAGGGAGCAGAAGAGACGAGCGUUCUGGAACCAGAGGAACAGCACCAUCUGCAGUGUGUCCUGAUAGAGCUGGACGUAAACGGGGAGCUUCCUUAACCAGCCCGGUUCCUGCAUCAGUGGAGGUAGUGGGCAGAGAAUCAGACUGCACACAGAGUGCUGAUCACGAGAGCAAAGUUCCUGGCUCAGGAUCCAUGCCAAGAUGUUUUUCAAUAAAACUGUCUGUCAGGAAGGGUGCCACGUAACCCACUUAUAAAGAGCAAGACUGUGCACGUAA